AUGAACCUUUCAAGCAAGAAGAUUUUUUUCACUUUUUUCAUCACGAUUUCCAUCACCUUGUAUCACGUCCAGGAUGGACUCUGCCACGGUUAUAUCAAAGCCUGGUCGGCCGAUGACGGUCACACUUGGACUUUGGGCCAAAAGCAAGAACUCGAAAACUCUUCAAUCCGGGGCUUCUCAGAAAAUACCGGUUGGAUUGGAAGCCAAUUUCUGACUAAACCUGCCUUCGUUUGCGGGUCCGGCUUAACACCAAGUCUCAAGAUCGUUGCUCCCAGUGGGGACCUCUUCAGCAAAGCUGACCAAAGCGCCGGGAAAACCUUAGCCGUUGCAUCUGGUGCCACAGUUCGCUUGCUCAUAAAUGACGAGCCUCAUAAGAUAUACCCCCACGAGAACGGCCAUAUUCAAAUUUAUCUCGGCUAUUGCGGUCCGUCUGAAACAGCAUGCGAGAAAUUCGAUGCUGCGACAAUCAGCUACUUCAAAAUAUUAUCAUUGAAACAUGGAUUGGGAUCGAAAAAGGAAUUCCCUUACAACAAACACAAAGAUGGAAAUGUGGUCAAAUCGUCUGAAGCUGAAGGAAAGCAAGACCAAUACUACAUCACUUGUGGCCAGAUGGCCCUUCCAGAGCCUGAAGUUAGCCCACCGGUCUCCAUCGAAAGCUUAGAGAGCGUGCGGUUCCCAGGUGCCUACAAAGAUGGAAAUAUCGAUCCGGACGACCCACCACCCGGCCCAAAUGUGGUGAACUUAUCCACCGGGGCAGCCAAGGAAAAUGGCAAGGCCGCCUCAAAACUUCGCCAGAGUACCUCUCAGCCCAACGCGGAAUCCCAGGGGUUCGGGGGUUCCGAGAACGUGCCGAAGUGCGCUCGAAAUUGUCUUUCAAAGAAGAUCUCAGAGAACGCCGAGGGAAUACUCGGCGUGCCCUGCGCUAAACCUUCUGACCAAGUCGACUCAAACCAAAACUUAUGCCAAUGCAAGGACGAAAAGUUCGCCGAGGCCUACGCAAAUUGCUGCAACGAUCAUUGUCAGGCCGGAUGUGAAUUGGAACAAGCGUUGAACUCAUUCAGCACUCUUUGCGACCGUGCCAAAUAUGUCACAGCUAUGUAUUGUUGGAAGGUGAGUGGGGAUCCCAGACCUGAUGGGGGACCGGUUGGGUUUCUCUGUGGGCCGGCCAUUCGGUCUGCCCAGAUUGGCAGUCUUACAACCAGGCAUUUCAUGGAAUAA